GCCCCCAUGACUUCCAGCGAGAUCCAGCUGCCCGGCGAGGUGAAGGCCGACGCCGCCGCGCUCAUGGCGUCCCUGCACCUCCUGCCGUCGCCCACGCCCAACCUCGAAAUCAAGCACACCAAGAUUUUUAUUAACAAUGAGUGGCAGAACUCAGAGAGUGGAAGAGUGUUCCCUGUCUAUAAUCCAGCCACAGGAGAACAGGUGUGUGAAGUUCAAGAGGCAGACAAGGCAGACAUAGACAAAGCCGUGCAGGCAGCCCGCCUGGCUUUCUCUCUUGGUUCCGUGUGGAGAAGAAUGGAUGCCUCAGAAAGAGGACGGCUGUUGGAUAAGCUUGCAGACUUGGUGGAACGGGACAGGGCAGUUCUUGCAACCAUGGAAUCCCUAAAUGGUGGCAAACCAUUCCUGCAAGCUUUUUAUGUGGAUUUGCAAGGUGUCAUCAAAACCCUUCGGUAUUAUGCAGGCUGGGCUGAUAAAAUCCAUGGGAUGACCAUCCCUGUAGAUGGCGACUAUUUCACCUUCACAAGACACGAACCCAUCGGCGUGUGUGGACAGAUUAUCCCGUGGAACUUCCCCCUGCUGAUGUUUGCCUGGAAGAUCGCUCCGGCUCUGUGCUGUGGCAAUACAGUCGUUAUUAAGCCAGCAGAACAAACGCCACUCAGCGCGCUCUACAUGGGCGCCCUCAUCAAGGAGGCUGGCUUUCCACCAGGAGUCAUCAAUAUUUUGCCAGGAUACGGGCCUACCGCCGGGGCAGCAAUAGCUUCUCACAUUGGCAUAGACAAGAUUGCGUUCACAGGGUCCACUGAGGUUGGAAAACUUAUCCAAGAGGCAGCUGGAAGAAGUAAUCUGAAGAGAGUAACUCUGGAACUUGGAGGGAAAAGUCCCAAUAUUAUUUUUGCAGAUGCUGAUUUGGACUAUGCCGUGGAGCAGGCUCACCAAGGGGUGUUCUUCAACCAAGGCCAGUGCUGCACCGCGGGCUCGCGCAUCUUUGUGGAGGAGCCCAUCUACGAGGAGUUUGUGAGAAGAAGCGUGGAGCGGGCCAAGAGGCGCAUAGUGGGGAGUCCCUUUGACCCCACCACUGAGCAGGGACCCCAGAUUGAUAAGAAGCAGUAUAACAAGAUCCUGGAGCUCAUCCAGAGUGGUGUAGCUGAGGGUGCCAAACUGGAGUGUGGCGGCAAAGGGCUUGGCCGAAAGGGGUUUUUCAUCGAGCCCACGGUGUUUUCCGACGUCACCGAUGACAUGCGGAUUGCCAAAGAGGAGAUCUUCGGCCCCGUUCAGGAAAUUCUGAGGUUUAAGACCAUGGAUGAAGUGAUUGAAAGAGCCAAUAACUCAGACUUUGGACUGGUCGCAGCCGUCUUCACCAGUGACAUCAACAAGGCCCUGACGGUGUCAUCGGCAAUGCAAGCCGGGACCGUGUGGAUCAAUUGUUACAAUGCUUUAAAUGCCCAGAGCCCCUUUGGGGGAUUCAAGAUGUCUGGAAAUGGGAGAGAAAUGGGAGAAUUUGGUUUGAGAGAAUACUCUGAAGUGAAGACGGUGACAGUAAAGAUCCCCCAAAAGAACUCCUAAGAAGACCAAGAAGGAAGGAAAAGCCAGCCCAGACAGCCCCUCCCUCUGCUUUCCCUGUGGGGCCCAGUUCUCAGGAACACCAAGUUCAUACACGCUCCUUAUUGAAAGGUUUCAUGACAGCAUGUAGGCCAGGCUGGUGACUGCAUAACCCAGCAGACAGCUGGGCACGGCUCCUUGGCACUGGAAGAGAUCAUCCUAAUGAUAUCAAAAACUGGGGAAAGUGGGACAAAGGGAAGCGCAGUUACUCUUGGGCACGUCCAGGAUCUCCCUGGAGUGAGGGGCUGAUUAUUGGAGUGAGGAGCUAUGUUAUCGGAUGCCUUUUGUUGCAAGGAACUUUCCUCUUGAGGAAAGGCGGCCUUUCCAUUGUCUUCAGUUCCCUGAUCCGACUCUCCACUCACCCACCCCUCCGGAUCCUCGCCGAGAUCUCAGCUGAGCUCAUUUGGGGCAGAUGUUUGGGCCGGGAACAAUUUUCCAAGGGUUUGCAGCCAAAUUACCGUUUCAUGUUAUCCAUUUCUUCAAAGCAAAACAUGAAAUGGUUUUAGUUAGAGCCAGACCAGACUGAAAAUGCCAGGAGCUGGUGCACUGCGGCAGAUGUACUGGGAAAUAAAAACUGGGGCUAUUCUUGACCCAGUCUGGUCUUGUCGUGCCCAUAAAUAACGUGAAAGAAAGAAGAUCGGGACGAUGGGGGUGCGCAGGGUCUCACAUGUAGUCCACAGCGUCUGAGCUCAGUGCACGGUACUGUUUUGUGUGUCUCCAUGUUUCCUUCCCCCUCUUGGCUAUUCUGGAUGAAGGAGAAGUGGGUGGUUUAUCAUAGAUAGGUAUGGUCUGUUCUCAAGCUCAUCUUUGAAAUCUACCCAAACAAGUCGGAGUGGGCUCAAAAAGUGGGGAAAAGGUUCUUUGAAGACUUAAUUCGGGUCCCAGUGAUGACUGACAAUUCUUCCUAUGUGCGGAUAUCUCUGCACUUGGUAUCGAUAGCUUCUUCUGCAGCCCCAUUCUAUACUCCCCUAACCCUUGGUACUCCCAGUGUUUCAGACGUCACAGGUCUCGUCUGGGCCCAGUGAGUCCUAAAUUCAUGACCAUUAACCUUGGAAAACAGGGCCACACCAGGGGUUCCAUUUGUGUGUGCAGAGUUCCCGUGGGCCCUGACUGCCAUGCUCCACAGAGCUGCUCUGCCACACCAGGGGCGGGCCCGCUACACACCUGCACACACCACAGCCCUGGCUUCAUCUCAGCACUCCACCAUCAGGCGACACAGGAGGCAGGUGCCGCUCCCCUCCCUCAACCAUACGUCUGCUGCUCAGUGAGUUCACGGUUGGUGUGGGGAGGGUCUGCGCUCUUUCCUUCUUCCCUCUUUCCCGCUGCAGAAUCCAAUUCAGUCUCUAAUCUGCAUGAAGGUCAUUUAUUUAAAAGUACCAAGCAUAACCUAGAGUAUGUGGAAUAUGGGCAACAUAUAUAUAUAUAUAUACACACACACACACACACAAUCACACACACAUAUAUAGAGCCUUCUGUAUUUAACAGUUGUCUGCUUUCUAACUCUACCGGUUUUCUAUUUAAAGCCCUUGUCUAUUAACAGUGUUUUAAAGAAGUCUCAAGUCAGUGUUACCAACAAACACAGAGCAUUCAGAAGCCUGCCACCUCGACUGAUGCGCAUCUCUGAUUCUGCAGUGUGAACGAUGCUCCCUCCCCUGUAGCAGCGAGUGUCCAAGUAAACAUUCCCACUAACAAACUAGUUACCUUGAACUGCAAUAUAGGAUGUGAAAAUGAAGAUUUAUUUCCUUUAAUGUACUUAAAAAGAAACCUCUGUGCUAGCAAUAAAGCAUUUAUAUUGUGUA